AUGAUUUCAAAUACAAUACAUUGUGAAAUAAUUGCAAACAAUUUAAUUGAACCAACAACAAUACAAUUAGAUGAAAAGCAUCAUGCUCUUUAUGUAUUAACAAAUCAAUUGACUCGAAUUGAUUUGAAUAAAGACAAAAACAAUGCAGAAAUUGUUUAUCAAUAUAAUAGAAAAUUUCAGCAAAGCAAUAAUCAGAAUCAGAAUGAUGAUGAAGAAGAAGAUCAAUAUUCUCAAGGUGAAUCAGAUGAUGAACGCGACAUACCUCGUGUAUCAGAUCCAUUUGAUGAUAGUGAACCAUCAACAGAUGAUGACGACGAAACAAUUCUGAAUCGACGAAAUUGGCGGCGAUAUGGAUGGAGAAUUUAUCAAUUAGAUAAUCCCUGUUCAAUAUUAUUCUUGCCAGAAAAUAAUCAACUAGUUGUAUUGAAUGAAGGUGUCAUUACAUUUUUGACCAUUCAACUCGAAGAUCAUCGUCCGUUUGUUGAAGGACCAUCAAAAAAUAUUUUCUGUUACGAUUUCGAUGUGUUCAAUAGUGAUGCUAAUCGUAAAAGUGUUCAGCCAUGGUCGAUUGCGCCAACAUUGAAAAUUAACCUUUUCGUUUUUAGUCUACUUGAUGACUGUCAACUUUAUUUACUUGAUAUGCAAAAUGAAACUACAAUGAUACGAAAAUUAACUACAACAUCUAUAUACAAUUGUCCAUAUUUAGUUUUUCAUUGUCAAUCAAACAAUAUUUUGGUUUAUAAUUCAACAGAAAUCUUAGCUGUAUCACUAGAUAAUCAAACUGUAGUUGAAGUUAAUUUGGAGUUUAUGAAAGAAAAAAAAUUAAUUUCAAGUAUAACAAUUGAUAAAAUGGGAUAUAUUUAUAUUUUGUCUCAAUCGAUACUUUUCAAAUGCAUUUGGCAAAGUCAACUUCAUUUGAUCGCAUGUUUAGGAAAACUUGAUGUCUUAAUAAGUAGUCCUCAAAUCAUUGUAACUGAUCAAGGUAAUGAAUUUUAUUUCUCAGACAUGGAAACUGCUUGUAUUUAUCGAUCAAAGACAAUAACGACUUAA